GUGGUUGGUACGAGUGAUAGAAGAUGUGCAAGGCGGGGAACUGCGCACGCGGCAGGGAUACGUGCCGGCGCGCGUGUUGCAAGAGAAGCACAGCCUCGAAAGAGACCAGACCUCUCAGGCAGCUAGGAGGCAGGCGGUGGUUCGCGAACUGGUGGAAACUGAAGAGGAAUUCGGACGAGACAUGCUGCAAGUGGUGUCGCGGUACAUGAAGCCGAUAGACAAGGCCACCACGCCCAAGCCGGUGUUCGACAACAGGGAGCUACUGUUCUCCAACUUCAGACAGAUAUGCGAGUUCCAUAAUACUGUGUUGCUGGAGGGCAUUAAGUACUACGCGGGGGAGCCGAAGAUGCUCGGACGAGCUCUGCUGCGGAUGGAGAGAGAGUUCGACAAACACGUGGCGUACUGCCGCGACGAGCCACUGCCGCACAACAUCUCCUCGCCACCAAUCCGGUGGUGCAGAAAUAUUUCCAG